CUAACAAAGUUGGAAUCCUCAAAUCAAACAGCACUUGCUGAGACUACUAUUCCUGUGACUGUGAGCAGCAAGAAUUCAAAGGCACGGACGGGGGGACAACGACGGCCAUGCGUACUAGUCUCUUCUUCUCUCCAGUCUCCACUCACAUGUGGAUUACGCCCUAAAUAGCCUAGGAUUUUUUGUGUGUAUGUAAAGCCCACCCUUUUUGUCUUUCCUCCCAUCUUCUUCGACCGAAUUGAGGAGCGAGACAAGCAGAGGAUAGAGCUUAGCUAAGACAUAGUAGCAGAGAAGCAGAGAAUUGAGGAGCUUGAGCUCGCACGCACAUGAGGAGGAGGCUUCCCGCACCUUUCGUCUAGGAUUCUUCCAUGUUUCAGGAACGCAGGCCAUGUCUCCCCUGCUCCUCCAAUUCCUCUGCCUACUCUUCCUCGCAGGUGAGGUGGUGCUGAUCGGCGCACAGAGCGGCGGCGGCGGCGACAAGGAGGUGCUGGUGGAGCUCAAGCGGUUCCUGGUCACGAACAACAGGGUCAACCGCGGCGACUACGAUGCGUGGCCGGAGUCGGACCCGUCGCCCUGCAGGUGGCACGGCGUCACUUGCGACGCGAACGGCCGCGUCGCGUCGCUGAACCUGUCGCGCUCGAGCAUCUCCGGCGCGGCGUUCGGCAACUUCUCGCGGCUCACGGCGCUCGCGUCGCUCGACCUCUCCGACAACUCCAUCACCGGCACGCUCCCCGCCGCCGACCUCAACCAAUGCCGCGGCCUCCUGCACCUCAACCUCUCCCACAACCUCAUCGCCGGGCCGCUGGACCUCUCCGGGCUGACCAGGCUGCGGGAGCUCGACGUGUCGGGGAACCGGCUCGAGGGCGCCGUCGCCGGCAACUUCCCGGCGAUAUGCGCCGACCUCACCUCGCUCGACUUGUCAACCAACAACCUCACCGGCAACAUCACCGGCCUGUUCGACGGCUGCCCCAGGCUGGAGUACGUCGACCUCAGCUCCAACAAUUUCACCGGCCAGUUAUGGCCGGGCGUCGCAAAAUUCAAGCAAUUCAGCGCCGCCGAGAACAACCUCACUGGAAUCGUCACGACGAGCACGUUUCAGGACAGCUGCAGACUCCAAUCCUUGGACCUUUCCGCUAACAAGCUGGCCGGAAACUUCCCGGAUUCCAUCGCCAAUUGCAACAAUUUGACUUACAUGUCGCUGUGGGGGAAUAAAUUCACCGGGAUGAUACCCGCCGGAAUCGGAAAGCUCGCCGUCCUCGAGACGCUGAUUCUUGGGAAGAACGGGUUCGAGCGGCAGAUACCGCCGGAGCUGACCAACUGCACGAAGCUCCAGUUCUUGGACAUCAGCAGCAACAUGUUUGGAGGGGAUGUGCAGGAGACCUUUGGCAACUUUGUGAGCUUGAAGUAUCUCGUACUGCACCACAACAGGUACACCGGCGGCAUCGUGUCCUCCGGCGUGCUGCAGCUGCCGGAGCUCGCCAGGCUCGACCUCAGCUUCAAUGAGUUCACAGGCAAUCUCCCUCUAGAGGUGGCCGACAUGAAGAGCCUCAAGUACCUGAUGCUGGGCGAGAACAACUUUUCCGGCGAGAUACCGCCCGAGUACGGCCGGCUCCCGGAGCUCCAGGCGCUGGACCUGUCUAACAACACGCUCACGGGCGUAAUCCCGUCGAGCAUAGGGAACCUCACGUCGCUCCUCUGGCUGAUGCUCGCCGGCAAUCAGCUCUCCGGUGAGAUACCACCUGCAAUCGGCAACUGCAGCAGCUUGCUCUGGUUGAACCUGGCCGAUAAUCGGUUAACUGGCAAGAUCCCGCCGGAGAUGGCAGAGAUUGGGAAGAACCCUGGACCAACAUUCGCCAAGAACCGGAACGAUCCGAGCGUGCUCGCCGGCUCCGGCGAAUGCCAGGCCAUGAAGCGGUGGAUUCCGGCGAGCUAUCCUCCGUUCAGCUUCGUUUACUCUGUCAUGACUCGGGAGAACUGCCGCAGCAUAUGGGACCGCAUCCUCAAGGGCUACGGAAUCGUCCCAAUUUGCACCAACUCGUCGUCGCCGGUGAGGUCCAACACGGUCUCCGGGUACGUGCAGCUAUCAAGGAACUUGCUUUCCGGAGAGAUACCAUCGAGCAUCGGUGCAAUGCGGAACAUCAGCUUGCUCCACCUCGACGGCAACCAUCUAACAGGGCGGCUGCCGCCGGAGCUCAGCCGGCUCCCGCUGGUUAUGCUGAACGUCUCGAGGAACAACAUCUCGGGGCCGAUCCCGCCUGAGAUCGGCGACAUUCUGUGUCUGGAGAGGAUGGACCUGUCAUUCAACAACCUCUCCGGCGAGCUCCCGGCGAGCCUGUUCAAGCUCACCGACCUGGUUAUAUUCAAUGUGUCAUACAACCCGCUUCUCUCCGGCAAUGUCUCCACCACCGGCCAAUUCGGCACCUUCGACGAGGAGUCCUUCCGCGGCAACCCGCUCAUAUCAUUUAAUCAGGGUGGAGCUGCCGGUAAGCAGCAACCGCGACCAGAAGCUGCCGAUGUUCCCCCGGUUAGGAGACGCAGCAUGCUGCGGAGAACCAUUGUGAUGUGGUUCUUUUUCUCCCUCGUCCUCUCCUUCAUCGCCGGCACCGUCGUCUUCAUCAUCGCCAGCCUGCGCACCCGGUUUCCGGUGGAGCAAGAGCCGGACCAGGAAUCGUUCUCCCGCGAGCACCCGAAGGGCGGCAAGCACUCGUUCCAAAUGUGGACGUCGUCGCCCCCGUCCGGCUCGUCAUCGACGGCGACUGGGUGCUCCUCUUCGACGGAGGGAGUGAAGGUGUUCCGGCUGGACAAGACGGCGUUCACCUACCGCGACAUCGUGGCCGCCACGGGCAACUUCUCCGACGACCGGGUGAUCGGGCGUGGCGGCUACGGCGUGGUGUACCGCGGGGUGCUCCCCGACGGCCGCGCUGUGGCGGUCAAGAAGCUCUCCAGGCCGCGCGACUGCUGCGGGGACGACGACGGCGAGCGCGAGUUCCGCGCCGAGAUGGAGGUGCUCGCCGACCGGAUGGGGUUCACGUGGCCGCACCCGAACCUCGUCACGCUGUACGGGUGGUGCCUCUCCGGCGCCGCCAAGAUACUGGUCUACGAGCACCUGGAAGGCGGCAGCCUGGACGAGCUGAUCUGCGACACCGCCGCGUUCGGGUGGCCGGCACGGCUGGACGUGGCCAUCGGCGUGGCGCGCGCGCUCACGUUCUUGCACCACGAGUGCGUGCCCGCCGUCGUGCACCGCGACGUGAAGGCCAGCAACGUGCUCCUGGGCCGCGACGGCCGCGCCAGGGUGACGGACUUCGGACUGGCCAGGGUGGUCCGUCCCGGCGACACCCACGUGAGCACGGUGGUGGCCGGCACGGUCGGGUACGUGGCGCCGGAGUACGGGCAGACGUGGCGCGCCACGACGAAAGGCGACGUGUACAGCUACGGCGUGCUCCUGAUGGAGCUCGCCACAGGCCGGCGCGCCGUCGACGUCGGCGAGGAGGAGUGCCUCGUCGACUGGGCUCGGCGCACGGCGAAGGAAGGCCGGAAUACAAGGCAUCAAGAAAGGGAGGAUCAAUCGACGAGCGGCGCGGUGUUCUGGGAACUGCUCGCGCUCGGCAUGCGGUGCACGGCCGACGCGCCGCACGAGCGGCCCGACAUGCCGGAAGUGCUCGCCGCGCUGCUCGACAUCGCCGCCGCCAACGGCACAACGACGACGAGUUGUUUAACAUGUUCCAGGACAUAGUUGUUCCAGGUUACGAUAGACAUUGAUUCUUUGUGUACAAAAUUUUGAUUGUUUAGUUCAGCUUGGCGUUCAUUCCUGACGUGAAUUCAAAAUGUACAUAGUUUCUUCUUAGAAGGCACAUGUAUAGCUAGAAGAGAGAUGUUUUUACCAUAAAAUGAAGAAGAUUUAAGCAGUACACUU